AUGUCCCCCGCCAUCGCCUCGCCGCCGAUCCCACCUCUUCCUAUCGUCGGCAUGCCCGUACCGGACCCUGCGCGGUCCGCAUCGCCGUAUCGUCCCCAGCGCACGUUUGAGGUCGAGCAGGGCUCGCCGCAACGCCCCGGCCUCCGUCGGGGACAGAGUAACUAUGCCAGUGAAGCGCAGGCCGUGCUGGCCACGUCUGUCGCGAAGCUUGUAAGCGCGCAGAUGCGCCCAUUCGCGAUCUCGGGUCGCAUACCCAUCGAUCCUGCGGACCUCAACCUGUUCUUCCGGACAAAGAGCGGUAUCACGCACUCGCUUGACUUCCCCAUCGACACGGACUACGACACGCCGCCGGCGCUUGAUGUGCUUCAAGCCGCCGCCACACCGUAUGCAGCCGCCGUCGAAGACUACAGUGGAGCCGAUGCACUCUGCUUUCCACCUCACCUUCCCCUUACGACCUCCCUCGAACUCUCGAACCAUCCCCUCAUGGACGCCGUGCGCGCAACACUCUUCCCAGCGCUUCCCGCAGGUCACUACCUCAUUGCCACCCGCGACCGUCUCGACAUCGUACCGACCGGCGCAAGCCUUCCGCCUCAGCCUCCCUCUGGAGAUAUGCGCGUCGCAAACCUCAUGAUCACUCUCCCUGUCCGCCAUCGCGGAGGCGGCGCUCUGCGCAUCACCGCAUCCGACGGUGUCACCGAGCGCUUCCCGGGUCGCGGCGGGCGCUCCGGUGGUCUGGACUGGGCGGCAUGGAUGUCUGAUGCGUCGGCGGAAGUCGAGCCCGUCACGAAGGGUGUGCGCGCUAGCGUUCUCUACGCGCUCCAUGUCCGCAGCUUCGGUCCCGCCGGCGGCGACCCGCUCAUCGCGCCCGGCGACGAGUUCCUCGAUGCGAUCGCACCUGUGCUCAAUCUCUGCCGUGGACGGAGCAUCGCGCUGCAUAUGACGGGCGAUUACAAUGUGAACCCGUCUGAGGUGCUCGCGGAGAGCCUCACGCCGCAUCUCAAGGGCGGCGAUAGCAUGCUCUAUCACGCGUUCAAGCUGUACAAGCUCGCGCCCGAGCUUCGGUGGGCGGCUGGACCGUACGUCUGGCCCGUCGAUCGUCCCGUCGACCUCGAGGUCGGCGCACCACCGGAUGGAAGCCCUUACGCUCGCGCGCUCUCUGCGGCGGGAGAUGAUACCUCCAUGGCGGCCCUUGCGCAACGUGCGGCUGCCGGCGGCGCUGUACCGCUUGCGCAUGCGGAUAUCGUUGUGCUCAGUGAUCGUCUGGGCGCCGCGCCGGUCAGUAAGGAGCGUGUGCCGUUCAUCAACGACGGCGCUCUGGACAAACUCGUGGUCAAUCUCCUACUCGUCGUGUACGUGCCAUGA